AUGAAUAGCUCCUCCGCACCCCCCUCUCGUGCUGCGGGAAUGGUUUAACCCGUUACCCACAGCGAGCGAGACAGCGAGCACAAAGGGAAGCGCAUACACCGCUCGUUUAGGAGGAGAGGGGGAUAUAAUAGGAAAAGCAUGAUGUAAAUACGGAAUUAAAAAAAAACCGCAAGGCAGCGUUUCCAUUUCCCAUCGCACCGGUCCAUUAUCGGCGUUCAAUAUUACAUGAGGUACCGGCUAACAACGGCGCUGGUGUCUGUCUGUGGACACCGAGAGGCAAAGCAGUGAGUGAGGAAUUGAAGCCAAAGGAGUUGAGCAUUGUUUCAUCUUCGCUUCGGGCUUUUCUGGAGUUGCUUUUUGUCUUCUUCUUCUUCUGUUUUUUUAUUGUUGGACAGAGCCCGCUUCACUGAGAUGGGUUUUUCAAGCUGAGACAAGUAGAGAGCAUCUUCUUCUUCUUCUUCUUCUUUAAAUCUGUUGUCUCUUCUGGACUCGGGGAUGACAAAAGAAACACACGCUAAUAUGUUGCAUUUUUGAGGUAGACACGUCCUAAUGGGUGACGCCCACUGAUCCAGUUUGCCCCUGCAUAUCCCCUCCACCCCUCACCCCUGCCCUCCUCUGUUCUCCUACACGCCACCUCCCUUCACUUCAGUCACCAUGACUUCCACCAGCCAACUGCUGGGUUUGGCUGAGGUGGGGCUGAAGUGCGACCAGGAGAUUGAGAGGAGAUAUGAGAUCGUUCCCUCAGUGGUCUGCUCCAUGUGCUGCCUCUUUGGAAUCAUCUACUGCUUCUUUGGCUAUCGAUGCUUCAAGGCCGUAUUGUUCCUCACAGGCCUAAUGUUUGGCUCCGUGGUCAUCUUCAUGCUGUGCUACAAGGAGAGGGUGAUGGACACUCAGCUGAGCGUAGAGGCGUCAGUGGGCAUCGGCCUGGGCAUCGGGACCCUGUGUGGCCUCGUGACCAUGUUGGUUCGCAGUGUGGGGCUGUUUAUGGUGGGCCUGCUGCUGGGCCUGCUGGUUGGAGUGGCUUCACUGGUGGUUAUGGAGGAAUUCUACCACCCCAGAACAGUCUGGGUUCCUCUGGGUAUUCUCCUGGGUUCUGGGACGCUAUUUGCUGUCCUCACUCUUCAAUGGCAGCGCUGCUUCGUCACCUUCUCCACCGCCACAUUCGGCUCUGCCAUUAUCACUGUGACCGUGGAUUACUUUAUAGAGCUGUUCGCCUUGGUACACUACGUCUACGAGAGACUGAGGGUGGCACCAAAGAGGCCAGUGUGCUGGUUUACUUGGGUCAUCUUGGGGGUGUGGCCUGUCCUGGCCCUCCUCGGCGUGCUGAUCCAAUGGAAAGUCACCGCAGAGGGAUUUUCUCACACAGAAGUGGUUUUAAGUCGACAGCAGCGAAGGGUCCAGCUUAUGCGGAUCCGACAGCGGGAAGAGAGGCUGAAAAAGGAGAAGGAGAACAAGAAGAAGAAAAAACGAGAGACCCACAAGCCCAGCCACAAGCAGAAAGGCCACACCCAUCACCACCACCACCAGCAGUACCAUCACCCAGCUGCAUCCCAUCCUCAUCACCAAGCCCAGAGCUCUCAGCCACCUAAAGUCCCUCCUCCUCAGACUGAACCUGGCUACCACCGCAAGGCCAACCCUAAAAGGCGCUUUGAUGGAGAUGUGCUGUCACCGAGCUACAUCAGGAGCUUCAGGGACAGACAGACGGACAGACGAGCAUACUCCCACAGUCGGAUGAGCCGCUCCCGGAUGGCCGAACUCGACUACGACUGCGGCUCUCGAGUGCCCCUCACGGCUCCCAGCGGACCUCCAGUUCGCAUCUGAGACAGAGAAAUACAUAAACAACUGACCACACACACAAUCACACAAGGCCACUUCAAACCUCUUUGUCACAGUUAGGGAUAGAAAGCCUAACCCUACUGUGCCAACCUAAUCAACUGCCUAUUAACCCAACAGGAACUCAAUAUGUCCCAGUAAAGUGGUGAGCCCCACACUGGUUCUCUCCUCUCAGACCUGUUAGAAGUUGUAUUUAUUUGGCCAGUUUGGUCCUGUUUUGUUCUUUAUGAAUGUCUAGACACAAGAGCGGAGCCUCUUCCUUUGGAUGGAGCAAGAACCGAUUGCUUGGUCAAAACAUGAGUCAUACUGUAUGUCAGACCUCUUAAGUUGCCAGUCUGGACAACACUGGAACUAAUGGACCACUCUGGUGGGGAGAUGAUUGAAAGAUCUCUGUUGAACAUUUGAGUUAAAGAAUCGUUUGGUUGCUGCAACUCAUAAGAAGUCAUUUCCAGUGGGACUGCAGUGGGGGAAAGAAUGAAACCCUUAAUUUCUCCACAGGAGGGCUAUACCAUUUCAGAUGAAAAUACAUCACAUGGCUCUCAUGGAGUCAAGGUAGCACAACCUUCAGUAAACCUUCAACAGCAUCUUUAGUUCGAGGGCAAUUAAGGAGUAAACAAUUUGCUUCAAGGAUUUUAUCACGAGGAAAAUGACAGAAAAACAACACCAACAAAAAAACACAGCUAUAACUGAAACAGAAAGGCAGCUCUUCUUCAUCAUAUUUUCCACUGAAAGGUCAAUGUGUGAAGUGAUGUGUACAUGAAGUUAGCCUGUUGUCUUCUCUGACAGUCUGUGAAUCCAGACAUGACAGCACAACUCUUCUGCUGCUUGAAAAUGCAGAACAGGGACUGCUUUGAGGUGUGCAUAGGGAUCCAAGAGUUCACACCGCAGACAAUUUUUAUGUCAUUUCACCCACGAACCCUCCAUGUGUCAUCGCUUACAUUGGUGCCAUUUUCCAAGGGGAAUAUGCUUGCAUGUCACAACUCUCCUUUUGCCCUCGAUCGCCAGCUGUUUUAACAAUGGACCCAAGCAGGAGACACGUCCGUAUCGCCCCUCCUCUUUCGUCUCUCCACUGAAUUUAAAACAUUUUCGUAAGCUACUGUAAUUAUCUUUGUUGACACGUUCUAAGUGCUCUCAUGUUCCUUUGUUGAAUCCAUCAGCCAUUUAAACAUGCUGUUAAGGCACAAAGACAAGAAACUGCAAUCUGAUACUGAUCAUCCAGGAAUUCAGAGUUCGGAGGGGACAAUACAUGGCAGUGAAAAUGUUAGUGUGUUUGUGUGUGUGAGUGGACACAGGAGCCCUGUGGCAAGUGAUGGAUUGCACCAAAUAUUGGCCAAGGAGAGGGGGAUUCAUUGUAAUGUAUGUGGAACAUGCUGUGUUGUUUUUCCUCUUUUUUGCCAAUAUACUGGUCCAGUUAAAGAUGUCAGUCUGAUGGUUUGGAUGAAUUGUUAAUGAUAAAAAAAAAAAGGAGGAAGAGGAAGAUAAUCUCUUGUAAAGGAUGAGACACAGUGAAAAGAUGAAAUCAUUUGCAAAUGGCGCCCUCUAAUGUUUACCACUGGACCUUUUUUUCUAGACUUAGUGUUAAUGUGUGCAUACGUUUGUGUGUUACAUGCAUUUGCGUGUGAGUUGCUUUUAAAUUCAGUUGUGCGCCGAACGCUGAUGUUGUUGUUCUGACCAUCCAGAAAGGUGAAGGAAGUUAGAUUUGUACAGGAGGUAUUUUUAGUACAAUGAAACUACUUUUGUUUUAUUUAAACCUCUUUGGAAUUGAGGCAGUGUAGUUCCAUGUAGUUUAUGAGGUUUAGAUAAAAAAAAAAGAUCCCACACUACUGUACUUAAAUACUGCAUACCUGCUGGGAUGUGACAGGCUUGACACUGGAGGACCAACCAUUCUCACCAUAACCCAUUACUGCAUGAGAAUCCUUGUGUAACUGUUUACAAUGUGUCAGUGUUUCGAUGUGUCACUGUUGUCAUGUGAAAACAUCAGAUUUCCAUUGAUGGUUUGUUGGUCCCAGGCUGCACAAAUCCACAGUGAAGUUAAACUUGUGGAAGGAUGUUUCAGUAUCAGCAGUAUACAGGAAAGAAACAUCACCUCAGUGCAGUUUUUUAAAAUGAUUAUAGUACAUUAGUGAAUCUCAAAAGGACCAACCGUAACCUUUUCUGCCAGAGAGAAUAGGUCCAACUUAACACACCUCUUCUCUUCUCUUCUCUUCUCUUCUCUUCUCUUCUCUUCUCUUCUCUUCUCUUCUCUUCUCCUCCGUCUCUGUUUACGCUGUCCAGGUAAAGGGCUUUGAAAGGCAUUUGAAUAUUUUCCCUCCUCUUGACACGCAUUAUGCUAACUCACCUCCUAUUCUGCUGUAUCAUUGUUUACCCCAAUAAUGUUUUGCAGUAGUGGCUGUUCGGGUCUUAUUUGGGGUUUCGCUUACACUUCAGUCUUGUUUGGGUCUUCUCUUGGGGUUUUACUGUAGUGUGCUUGAGGUUACAAUAUUCUAUUAGCUCAUGCAGAGCCCUAUAUUGGAAUCUGUGGGUAAUAUUCUCCUCCAAACAUGAGCAACCAUUCGGCCACUGUAAUUUGCGUACAUAGCCAGCCAGUCAAAAAAUGCCGACCUGAAUAUGUAGCCCACAGUAGACAAGGAAGUAUUAUGAAGUCAUUAGUCAUCCUACACCUUCUUCGCCAAGUGGUAUAGGAGCAAUGGAGCCACUAGGUAGAGGGCUCUGCCUAUGCUAAUAGAACUGGGGUUACAAUAUUAUAACCUUUGUUCUAUCUCACACAGGCUCCACCCUCUAGUGGACACAAUGGGUACAGUGGGUGGAGCUCAAUGAAUAAAUGCUCAACAUAAUUUUGACCCAGCCACACUGACCCCGCUCCACAGAUAUUUGAGUAAGCAUGUCCUGAUUGGCCGGCUACAUUUAUGCAAACUUCAGCGGCCCAAUGCAUGCUCCUGAUUGGAGGAGAAUAUUACCCAUAGUCUCAAGUAGAGGGCAUGGCCUACAUGAUAUAGAACGUCAUGACUGUCUUUACAUUUUUGAAAGACAAAAAUUUACAAAAAGAUCAUUAUGAAACAUUAGCCUUGCUCUUGUUUGUAAUUUGGGGACAAAAUGAAUUAUUAUUAGAUUAUCAGUUCUUUUUAUUAUUAUUUUUUUGUGAUUGCCUGUCACUGCUGAAUAUACAUUGAGGGAAACACUUACUGUAGAUACUGACCUGUAAAUAAUUUUUAAAUGUACAAAAUGUUUUCUUUUACUUUCACGUUUACACCGCUUCUGUCAUUCAUCCAGCUGAUUGGAUUAGAGCUCUUUUAUAUUGUGUUGCUACUGUAUGUCCAAUUAUUUUGAUUUGGCUGGGUGGUGGAUGCACUUUCUCAUCCUGCUGUUUCAACGUGUGAUGUUGAAAAUCAGCAAACAAACUGAGCCUCGACUCUGAUUAUCAGCAACCAUCGGUUACUCAGUAAUUGCUCUGCAAUUUUAGAAGAGACGGCAAUUAAUUUUCCUACCAAUCUGUUUAAAUGUGUACAAAUCACCUGAUUAUUAUUAUCAUUAUUAUUAUUAUUAUUAUUACUAUUAUUAUUGAGCAUGAAUUUAUAUGGACCUAAAAUAUGAUAAACAUUGUGACUCUACAAUCUAAUGGUCUUGUUUGUCUCUGCUGUUCCUACAUAGUGAUUUAUGUAUACAGACUAUUCAUGAGUAAAGAUAUCAUACACUCAGAGGCACACACACACACACACACACACACACACACACACACACACACUUAGAUUUUACAUUCAUUCACAUUUCAGAGAACAAACUUCCUUUUGCUUGUUUGGCCAGUGAUACUAAAACCAGCUAUUAUAAUACAGUAAAACAGUGCUGCCAUUACAUAGUUUGUCUAACAGAGAGCACUGACAGGUUUAUUAUUAUUGUAAAAUGUCCAGCUCAGUAUGUAUGUUGGUCACCAUUCUUAAAAAAAUAAAUCUUAAGGGAUCUCUAUAC